GGAGGAAGUGGAGGGUCUAGGAGUGGGACAGGUUGAAAGAAGGGGUUUCGCUGAAGUUUUCCACGUCUUUAUCUGAAUUGCAAAAAUCAGGCAACUGUCCCUAACACGAGACAACAUGAGUGACCAGCAGUUGGACUGUGCCUUGAAUUUAAUGAGGCGCUUGCCUCCAGAACAAAUUGAGAAGAACCUCAGCGACCUCAUUGAUCUGGUCCCAAGUCUCUGUGAAGACCUCCUCUCCUCAGUAGACCAGCCUCUAAAAAUUGCCAGAGACAAGGUAAUAGGCAAAGAUUACCUGCUUUGUGACUACAACAGAGAUGGUGAUUCAUACAGGUCACCAUGGAGUAACAAGUAUGACCCUCCACUGGAGGAUGGUGCUAUGCCUUCAGCUCGGCUGCGUAAAUUAGAAGUGGAAGCCAACAAUGCUUUUGACCAGUACAGAGACCUAUAUUUCGAAGGUGGAGUGUCUUCAGUGUAUCUUUGGGAUCUAGACCAUGGAUUUGCUGGUGUAAUUCUCAUCAAGAAGGCUGGUGAUGGCUCUAAGAAGAUCAAAGUCUGCUGGGACUCUAUCCAUGUUGUGGAGGUGCAGGAAAAGUCUAGUGGUCGCACAGCCCAUUGCAAGCUCACAUCUACAGUGAUGCUUUCUAACAAAACCGGAUCUGGUACCAUGAAUCUGGGAGGUAGCCUUACUCGUCAGAUGGAAAAAGAUGAGACUGUAAGCGACUCAUCCCCACACAUAGCAAAUAUUGGACGGCUUGUAGAGGACAUGGAAAAUAAGAUCAGAAGUACGCUGAAUGAAAUUUAUUUUGGCAAAACAAAGGACAUAGUCAAUGGACUGAGGAUGGUGCAAAGUCUUGCAGAAAAGUCAAAACAAGAUGCACUCAAAAAUGAUCUGGUGGAGGCUAUCCGGAAAAAGCAGUAAAAUUAAAGGUCAUCUUUAUGCUACUCAAGACCUGCCAUGCACUCAUUAGUAAUUUUGUAGACACUUUUGUUCCCCAUAUGCUCUCCUGUCUCAUUUUAUGUCCACAUGCAUAUCCGCUGUGAUUCAUCCCAAAGCCAUUUCUUCAUAAUUAAUGCUGUAUAAAAUAUUUGAAGUUUACUUGUUGCUUCAUAGUCUUACAGUUUGACCCCCUUAUGAAAUCUGUCCCUCAUUAAGUUGUCUUUUUUUUUGUCAUUAAACUGCGCAAGACAUCACUUGUAUUUUUCAUGUUUUUUGUUACGUGUAAAAAUGUAAAACAAAAAUGUAUUAUUGUUUGUCAAAGAAAACUUUUAAGAGGGAUGGGGAAAUGAUUAAAUACCAGAGACCGAUUCAGAGUAUAUGCUGCAUUAUGUCCUUCAGUGUUGUACCAUACAGAAACAGAUGCAGUGA